AAGAAAGAGCGCCAGGGAUUUGAACUUCGCCUACGAGGUUUGGUGAUCCAUCUUCUGCGUAUCGCCGGGAUUUUGAAUCGCGAUGGUCAUCCCCUCCCUAGAGGAGCUGGACUUCCUCAAGUACAGUGACCUGCAGAACUUAGCCAAGAGUCUGGGUCUCCGGGCCAACCUGUGGGCAGACAAGUUGUUAAAAGCCUUGAAAGGCCACGUUAAACAUGAGGCAAGAAAAGAAAAUGAGAAUCAGGAUGAAAGUCAAACUUCUGCAUCCUCUUGUGAUGAGACUGAGAUACAGAUCAGCAACCAGGAACAAGCUGAGAGAGAGCCAACUGGCCAUGUCACCAAAACAAGGAGAAGGCGCAGGACUGUCCGUGUGGACCCUGACUCGCAGCAGAAUCAUUCAGAGAUAAAAAUAAGUAAUCCCACUGAAUUCCAGAAUCAUGAAAAGCAGGAAAACCAGGAUCUCAGAGCUACUGCAAAUGUUCCUUCUCCACCAGAUGAGCACCAAGGAGCUGAGAAUGCUGUUUCCUCAGGUAACAAAGAUUCAAAGGUACCUUCAAAAAGAAAGAAAUCUGUCUACACAGAUGAGUCAUCCAAACCUGGAAAAAAUAAAAGAACUGCAAUCACUACUCCUACUCCAAACUUUAAGAAGCUUCAUGAAGCUCAUUUUAAGGAAAUGGAGUCCAUCAAUCAAUAUAUUGAGAGAAAAAAGAAAUAUUUUGAAGAACACAAUUCCAUGAAUGAUCUGAAGCAGCAUCCCAUCAAUAAGGGAGGGGUCAGGACUCCAGUACCUCCAAGAGGCAGACUCUCUGUGGCUUCUACUCCCAUCGGCCAACGACACUCGCAAGGCCGGUCUUGUGGCCCUGCAAGUCAGAGUACCUUGGGUCUGAAGGGGUCACUCAAGCGCUCUGCUAUCUCUGCAGCUAAAACAGGUGUCAGGUUUUCAGCUGCAACUAAAGAUAAUGAGCAUAAGCGUUCACUGACCAAGAUUCCAGCCAGAAAGUCUGCACAUGUGACCGUGUCUGGGGGCACCCCAAAAGUUAUUACCCCAUUCAAGUUGACAACUGAGGCAACGCAGACUCCAGUCUCCAAUAAGAAACCAGUGUUUGAUCUUAAAGCAAGUUUGUCUCGUCCCCUCAACUAUGAACCACACAAAGGAAAGCUAAAACCAUGGGGGCAAUCUAAAGAAAAUAAUUAUCUAAAUCAACAUGUCAACAGAAUUAACUUCUACAAGAAAACUUACAAACAACCCCAUCUCCAGACAAAGGAAGAGCAACGGAAGAAACGCGAGCAAGAACGAAAGGAGAAGAAAGCAAAGGUUUUGGGAAUGCAGGGCCUCAUUUUGGCUGAAGAUUAAUAAUUUUUUAACAUCUUGUAAAUAUUCCUGUAUUCUGAACUUUUUUCCUUUUGUAAAUUUUUUUUUGAUGUCUUCCCCACUUUAGUCAUGAGAUCUUUUUCUGCUAACUGUUCAUAUUCUAUGUAGUGUCCAUGUAUGUAGUGUCCAUGGGUUCUUCAUGUGUUAUGAUCUCUGAAAAGACAUUAUCACCUUAAAGCUCACAUUGUUUGGGAUGGUUUUUACUUAAGUCCCUAUACAAUUCAGGUUUCUAAUGAGAUACAUCCUAAAAUUCUGUUCCUAGAUUUUUAAUGUCAAGUUCCCCCUGCUGGUUCUAGUAUUAACAGAACCGCAGUCUUCUGCUAGCCAAUAGCAUUUGUCUAAUGGCAGCUAGUUACACAAGCUUCAGGAGAAUUUAAACAAUAACAAGAAUAGGGUAAGCUGGGAUAGAAAGGCCACCUCUUCAGUCUCUGUAGAAUAUAGUAACCUUUAUGAAACGGGGCCAUGAUUUAGUUAUGACAUCAAUAUUUUACCUAGGUGAAAUUGUUUAGGCUUGUGCAUCUUUGUUCAAAUAGCCUCAUGUAAUUGCCAUCUGUCACUCACUAUAUUUGCAUAAAUAAAACUCUACAACUCAUUCUA